UGCUCUGAGGGUCAUUACAGCAAUCAAGGUCAGCCUCACUAUAGCUUCCAGUAUAUCCUCCUCAUUCUUUGGCUAUUCAGCCUUUUUCUUAAUCCUGAGCCAAUUCAGAAGAUGCACUAUCAGUGCAGUUACAACACUUGCACUUCUGGAGUUGCUGAUGUUUUUAAUGGAGAGCACUACUGUGGCCUCCUGAGCCAGCAUGUGCAGGUGGGUGCAUAG